UCUAAAUGCAACCAGCAAGCUCUUUAAACGACCAUUACAAAAAAUGAUUUUCUGCUCUGCAUUAUGUGCUGCCAACGCAAAAUUUACAAUAAACUGAAACUCAAGUGAAGCGAGUGAACCCCAUUAUGCUACUGGACUUUCUAAACAAAAAUUUCAAAACAAGAGACAAGAAGGUGUAUAAUUUAAAAGCUCGGUCCUACACUCCAUAAGCCUUCAAACACAAUUUCAUUCUGUUGACAAAUAACGUGCAAAGGAUAAAUGUGACUUUUCUUUUGUGUAACGCACCAACUUUGAGAGUCAGCGUUGCAGCCUCCUACCUGACAGCUUACUACACGAGCAGAAGGCGCGCGCGCGAACAGCUCAGCGUUUCCUGUCGCGUCACACUCUGCUCUUAGAGACGGUCUCCAUGGCAACCAUCCAAACAGAAGGCGGCUAUACCAAGCAGGUCUAAUCCAAGCGCGGUCUGUCGCGCUGCCUAAACAGAGAAAAUUAAUAAUUAAGCUACACCGAUUUAGAACAGCGAUCGAAUGUAAAUGUAUUUCAGGUCAGGGGUGUACACGGAUGACUCUUCAGGAUCCUCGACGAAUACAAUGGAUGAAAGGCUUGAUGAGAACUCAGAUGAUGAUGAUGAGAGUGGAAUAUGCCAUGCAGACGAAAAAUAUGUUGAAGUACUUUUAAAUAUCAGUCAGGAAGCAAGAAGCCCAUCUCACAAUGUGUUUCACUUAGGUUGGGAAGAUGCGAUUGAAGGAUGGGGAAGGCCAACUAGGUCUGCUAGCGUUGCCACUCAGAAAAAAAAUAUAAAAACAAAGCCAACUGAUUCUGAAUAUCACUGUGUGCUUUGUUUAAAACCAAUGCAAUUUCCAGAAUGUCCUGAUCUGCAGAAAGUAGACUGCACUCAAGGUGAAAAGAAACGAGUGGAGAGUCCGCCAGCUAGGUGCAAUUCAGCUUCUAAGAAAGAAACAUACAGUAUCAAAACAAAUACAAUGCAAGCUUCUCAGCCACCCAGUAAACAAGAUAAAAACCAGCCUGUAGUCUGCAAGGAAAAAUCCGAAGAAGCUGACUGUUGUGUUUUAAAGGAAUCCCAGUAUAUUCGGAAUGAAAGACCUGCGCAGUGUUUAUCUACUAGAGACAAUGUUCCCCAUGAAGGUUUAGCAGCCAACAGUUUAGCUGUCUUACCACCUAUAAAACAAGCUAUCUCAACUGAUGUAAAAAGUCCUACUACUCCUGUAAGAGAAAAUGAGAUAAUCUUUAUAGAUUCUGGAAAUAAGAUGGGAAAUGUGGACUCUGAUAAAACACUCAAAGAAUCUUCAGAGGUUAAAGCUGCAGAAGGCAAUGAUGAAGUUACAACAUUAUCACCCCUGAACCUCAAUAAAUCUCAAAGUACAGAAUUUUCAUCCCAUUCUUUCAUUACAAAUCAUCACAUGCAGUCCAACACUGCAGAGCUGUGGCACUGGCAGUCUCCGCUACUUGAUGCAAAAGAUGCAGUGACUGCUUACAGGAUUCCGACCUCCAAGAAGACAGACAGCUCACAUAAUCCUACCAAGGUGUUACAUCAGCGAGGUGUGCAUGUUUCUGGAAAUAACAUGAAACAGGAGGGGGCGAGGAAGUUGACUUUUCAAAAAAAUAGUCAAAACCAGCAGUUAUUCACAGGAAAUAAAAGUAAGAAUGCCAGUAGAGGAUCAGAUUUACCAACACAACCUACGCUUCCCAUGCUUGCUGGUACCAGGGUUCCAAUACCCACAUCACCUUACAGACUUUUUUAAACUUCUACAGGGGUCACUUGCUUUUCUGUGCCAGAUACACUUAAAAUUUAGAAAAUGGUAGAUAGACUGUUCCUUGUUAAAAACGCGACAGAAAUUGAUAACAAGUAGCUAAAUGCUUGUUACACAUUAAUUGGUCUUCUGUUUGUAAACGUCCUUUUCCUUUAGCUGGCCCUGGUGGUGAACGAAGGCCUAUGUGCAACAAUAUAUUAAUUCUUUUCUUCAGAUAGUCUAUUAGUAAAUCCUACAAUUAACUUUACUAAAGUGUCCUAAAAUCUAUUGAUGGGUUCUGCAGCAGUAAAAAAAAGGUAGAACUAAACCCAGGCAAAUAAAAUGUAAACUUGUAAAUGGCUUUAAUACGUCCAUUUGUAUAUCUGCUACCCAUCCUCCAACUGUUAGCCUAUCCAAUUGUUUGUGCAUUCUAUUCUAUGUUGGGCUAACCUGCUUUAAACUAAUAUUAGGUUGGCUUAAAAUUAAUGAGUUUAAUUUGCCCUUUUAUCACUCAUAUGUUCAUUAAUGAUAACUCCUUAUAUUCCAGAUGAAUUAAAAAAAACUCAGUCUUGAAAGAGAACAUGAUAGGAAUUCAAGUGAAAGAAAUGCAACAAGAUAAACACUAAUUAUUCAGCGCACAUGUAGAAUGUAAUUCGUAAGGACUUUUAACAAUUUCAAUUUUAUUGAUCAGAUACUUGCUGUAUCAGCAAAGGGAAUCCAAUGCAUUGCAUUUAGCUUACUGAAUUCAUUUAUUCGGUUAAUUUUCAUGUGUGUUUGAUCAGUUAAAUGCGUAAACUGAAUCUGUUAUUUGUUUUAUAAAUUGUUUUAUAAUCAUGCUUAUCAAGGAGGGACACAUGUAAAACAAGUAAUCGACUAUUUUAUAUAUGUGGGGUAUUAACAAAUAUACUUUCAUGUAUUAGACAUAAAAUUCUUAUUGUGAAUGUUUUUCAUGAGUGACAAGAUGGUAUAGUCCUCUCAGUACACCAGGAGAAUUGGUUUACAUCCUGGCUGGGCCUCUGUCUGGUCUCCACGAGUCUGCAUUGGUGUUUCUCUGGAUUCUCCAGUUUUCUUUCAAAGAAAUGCAUGUUUGAUUGUUGAGUCUAUACUGGCCUGGUUUGAGUACGUCCUGCAGUGAACUUUUAAGAUCCUGACUUGCAUCCAAUUCCUCUUUAAGCUCCAAUAAUUGGAGUAAAUGGGUUUCAAACAGGAUAGAUGGAUAUUUUAAAUCUUUGAAUAAUUCAUUGUAGCUAUGUUCAUCAGUAUUUUCCUAACUUCAUGUUUGUCAUGUAUACACUGUGCAAGAGAUUCUUACUUGCAUAUCUCCUACAGACUAGCAACAGUGUUUAGAAUGUAAAAGUAAAAAAGAGGACAGGUCAUUCAGACCAGCUGCCCAGAGAUGUGUGGGUCAAAUUAAUCUGAUAUCUCCAAACUGUCUUGAUGUAGAUGCACAUGCAGGUGACACACUUAGACCCAUUCUAGGUUACUUUCUGGUUUGGGCACAAAGUUCUGUCUCCGCAGGGCCCUCUAUAUGGAUAGAGUGAUUUUGGGAAAUGGAGGGCUAUAACGUCUUUAUAAAGCUAACUAGCUGU